AAAGGGGUUUAAUUUUUUUAUCUUUUUGGCAGAAAAAUAUCUUAAAUAAACAAUAGUUCCGUUAAAUUCAAUGUCUUUGAAUUGACUAUUUUGUUAAAAGUUGUGUUCAAUUUUACCGUCUUAACAUUUUUAUGUUAACUUAACAGACUGCAGCACGCCGGCAAUGAUUGGAAAGUUUAUUAAUUUUUGUUCGCCACACUCGACGUAUUAUCAACAAUUGCGAGCGACUGCACUUUCGACUUCUUUACGUAGCUUACGGCCUCACAGCACCGCCGUCGACAUGGACAAAGUUUAUUUGCGCAAUGCACAAAACACAGAUGAGCUUCAUAUUACAUUUCGCUAUGCCAAUCAGGCGCUCAAAUUGGACCGCAGCUUUAACUUUUGUCGACGAAUGGACGAGCGUGUGGAUGAAGCGCUCAUACGCAUACGCAACAAUGUAGAAAAAGAGCUUACCAAAAAAAGUAAGAAGAAAGCAAAAGGAGCAGCAACAGUCGAGACUCCGUUGCCUGCCAAUCCCAACGAGAUUAUUGUGGAGUUCCGUCGAGAUGGCUCGGACGAGCGUAUUUUGGGCGUUACUUUUGAAGAGCUGUUGAAGAACUUGGAAGAUGGAUUAAAGUUGCGUAUUCAGGAAACUAACUUUGAUGUGUUACUCAAUCAACCAUGGAUUGACUCAGUACAAUUGCCCAGCUCGAUACUGGCGGGUUUUCCUGUUUAUCCAUUAAAGCUUGAGCUAGAGUUUGCCAGCCGGGAGCAUAGUACAGCUGAAUGGUAUAGGGCAGUAAAGCCAGCAAAUGGAAUAUUUAAUGAGCAGGUCAACUGGGAGCGUUGCGCAGAAGGAUUAAUCUAUCAAACCUCUUCCUCAGAUAUUGACCAUCAUUUAAAGCUGGUGAUUAGGCCAGGCAACGAGCAGGGUCUCCUUGGUCCAGCUACGGAAUGCAUAAGUAAAUUGCCCGUACAGCCCGGCCCAAGCGACUGUCCAUUUGAGCAGAGGCAUCAAUAUACAAAACAACCGCUGAGCGGUCCCAAUGAUAUUCGAGUGGUCAGCUACAAUCUGUUGGCCGAUCUUUAUGCGGAUGGAGAUUAUGCGCGUAAGACACUGUUUCCAUAUUGUGCAGCUAAUGCACUUAAAAUCGACUAUCGUAAGCAGCUGUUCAUUAAGGAGUUGCUGGGCUAUAAUGCAGAUCUAAUAUGCCUUCAGGAGGUGGACUUAAAGAUCUUUGAACAUGAUCUAAAGCACGUACUGCACAGCUUUAGUGGCAUCAUGACGCCCAAGGGAACCUGCGCUGAAGGUGUUGCUCUAUUCUAUCGAAUUUCGAGGUUUGAAUUGCUGAAAAACUAUGUUUUGCAUCUUGGUGAUAAUAUAAGCACGCUGCCCGUCUUUACGCCACUGUGGAACAGAAUCAAGCACAAUGAGCAGCUGGCCAAGCGCAUCUGCGAAAGAUCCACCACGUUGCAGUUGUCGUUGCUGCAGUUAAAGGAGACUGGUCGCUAUGUUCUGGUGGCCAAUACCCAUCUCUACUUUCAUCCAGAUGCGGAUCAUAUACGAUUGCUCCAGAUCGGUUUCUCGCUCAUCUUCGUGGAGCACAUCUACAAACAAGUCAUAAAGGAGCGUAAUAUUAGCUCACAAAAUAUUGGUUUAAUAUUUUGUGGUGAUUUUAAUAGCGUACCGGAAUGCGGCAUCUAUAAGCUGAUGACGGAGCAAUUUGUGGGCAGUGAUUUUGUGGAUUGGAGCAGCAAUGAAGAGCAAGCUGUCAAAGACGUGGAGCUUCGACAGCCUUUCCUAAUGAACUCCGCCUGUGGCACUCCGCUUUAUACUAACUAUACAACGUUAUUUGCGGCCUGCUUGGAUUAUAUAUUCUAUCAAAGCGACAGUUUUGAUCUACUGCAAUCUGUGCCGCUGCCCACGCUGGAACAGUUGAGCGAGAAUGAGGCUAUACCAUCCAUUAAGUUUCCUUCAGAUCAUGUGGCUCUCAUUGCGGACCUCGCAUUUAAAUCUCGAUAAUUGCAAGAUAUACAUAUGUUUAGAGCUACAUAAACUGUCGAAAGUGUCGAUUUGGUUGUUAUAAUAGAUUAUGAUUUCUGUUACCUUUUUUAAAACAAUAAACUUAAAGAGUUAAA